CAUCGGAAACUUGCGCGCAGAGGGGGAGUUCCCAGAAGAUUAUAGAAUUCCAGAAUACAUAGUGCACACAUAUGAGUAUGAAGGGAAGAAUGUGGACCUUACCAGAGCUGAAACCCUGUCAGAUUGCCAAGAUUUGGAAAAUAGCGUCGAGUGCCAGUGCAUGUCGGGUGCCAUCUGGAGCGGCCAAGUGUGCAAGGACUACCCAGAGUGCUGCAACAAAAACAUCUGUGCAUCCAACAUCAGCCACUACAGCCCUCUCUGUGUCAUGCCCGUCAACGGGACAUUCGCGGUUAUGGCUGAAUUGAAGGUUGGCUAUGAAUCUGCAAACAUCACAGAUCCAGAAUACUUGGCCGAUAUGUAUCUCUAUCACAAUGAGCAAGUCGGAAAAAUGGCCCAAGCUGAGACACUGGCAGACUGCACGGGCCAAACAAGCGGGAUGUUGUGCCGCUGUCAUCUUGAUCUGAUGUGGAGUAACGACGUGUGUCAAGACCACCCAGACUGCUGCAAUCAGCCGGACUGCCUGGCCCCCAAUGUAGCUGACAAAGUACCUUUGUGUGUCCCCGAAACACCAGCUGAACUGAGGGGAAGCAUUCGACUGUCCUCACCAUGGACACUUGCAGAGUUGGAGAACAGAGUACAAGGCGUCUUUCAAAAGAUGAGUGGAUAUAAUAAAUCUGUGGUGAAAUUAAGCAAUGACAAGAUGACAGCUGCAUUUAAUGUGACACUCGUUGCCCCGUUUACGGUCACUCAACUUGCGGUCCCGAUCGAGGAGCUAAAGGCCAACUUGACAUCCACCAUAACUGUGGAAGUGAAAGCACGGGCUACGAUGACCAUAGUUCGGAAUCAGUCAGAGGAGACUGCCAAGUCAAGGGAGAAGAGAAGUCUGGAAGAGACGUGGGAGUCACACACCCUGAGCUGUGACAUAGAGGACUCUUUGGACAGGUGUGACUGGUCUGUCCAGUCACACGGAGAUGACGAGGACUUUGUUGUGGCAAAUGGACAGCAGGCCAAUCUCCAAUGUAAACAGAACGGUUACCAGAGCACUACUGCCACUCUCGUCCUGACGAACCCUGACGACAUAUGGUCAGGGCGCUACACCUGUGCUUUUAGGGAUGGGUCAAUUUCAUACACGGCCACUGGAGUCCUGGAUCUACCACCGACACCUCACAUCAACCUGGAGAGUGAUCCUGACAAUGUGGACUGCAGCUCUAGCACCAACAAACAGAUCAUCAGUAUCAAUUGUUCAGUUACACCUCACUCUGAUCUCUAUGAAUUUCAUUUCGAAGACCCUGAAAAUGUCCUGGAUGAUAAGAACAAUGUUCCAGUGUCCAACGACAGUUAUGCCAUUCUUAAGGGGUACGUUCUCUGCAAGAACGCAGGUGAUGAAUUUCAUACCACUUGUAAGGUCACCUACAAUAACACAUCUGAAUAUACUAAAGAGCUCACCGUCCCCAUCAUAACCAGCAAGGAUUCUUUUUGCGGUGCUGACGGUGAAUGGCCAAAAACUGAGGUGGGUCUCAAUGCCACUCGAGGCUGUGAACCAGGCAGAGUUGGCCAAAAGAAUCGCACAUGUGCAGGAAAGGAUAAAUGGGGGCCUGUGAGAAACUACUGUACGAGGGAGGACAUAGCUACCUUGCAAAAUGAAGCAGAGAACCUUGCCAAAGGAUUUGGAGUCACGCCAGAGCGUGUUAGUGACAUUUUUAAUGAUAUGAAAAAUGUCACUAAUACUAACUGUUCUGCAACCUUGGGAGAUGUAAUAGAUUUAAUUAACACUCUGGAUUUAAUGGAGGACGUAUCCACCAACUUUACGAUAAACGAUAACUCUGACAUUCAGAAUUAUGUAGAUUCAUCCAGUAAUAUUCUGUCGUUGCAUUGGAGUGACACAGCAGAAAUUAAUCAGACGUUGUCUGCAAAAUUCCUGAAAGCUGUUGAGGGCUUGACGCAGAACAUUGACGUGAACCAAAGCACGACUAUGUUCAAAGCCACAAACCUAAUUUUACAAGAGGGUUGCGAACAUGAAGCCACCUGCUCUAGAAACCUCCUCGGCAUGAAAUUACAAACCUCAUCAUCACUGUUGAGGGCUCUGGCAGUUGAGAGACUCACAGCCUGGCUACCCACUGAGCCAAACAGUGUAAGCAGUAGCAAUGCGAUGGUAGUUGUUCUUGGAAACUGCACAACCAAGAUGGAGGCCACAGUGACAAUUGACUUUCCUCUGACACAAAAGAGGAAGCACAACCACAAAGUGAUCUGUGUGCAGUGGCUGAGAGAUGUCGGGAAGUGGGAGCCUAAGGGAUGCGAGUGGACACACACAGAUGACGAUCACGCCAAAUGCGUGUGUGAAAUCGCCCCAGGUCCAUUGGAGCAGGCGCAGGGUCGAAGAAGCGGGCGCAGGGUCGUGACACUCUCAGCACUCAUGUCUCGGGGUCCCGUCGACAUACCCGGCCUCGUGGUCGUCAGCUCCGUCGGACUUGGCGUCUCGAUCUGCUCCCUGAUCGUCUUCUUGGCCAUUGAGGGUCUCCUGUGGAAGAUGGUUGCCAAGACGAAGCUCUCGCACUUCCGGCACACGGCGCUGGUCAACAUCAGCCUCUUCCUGCUGCUGGCCAACUGCGUCUUCCUGAUGAGCUUCUUGGACCUCCCCGAGCCCUUCUGCCUGGUCUCGGUGCUGGCCAAGCACUUCCUGUACCUGGCCAUGUUCUUCUGGAUGCUGUGCCUGAGCAUCGUGCUGCUCCACAAGAUCAUCUUCAUGUUCCAGCCGCUGAGGGCCCAGGUGUUCUUCAUCCUCUCCGCCGUCACGGGCUACGUGUGCCCCCUGCUCACCGUGGCCGUCGCGUACGUGUAUUACGACAUCCUUGCCGAUGGCUCGGACCCCUCCUUCUCCUACCACGACCCCGAGACUUGCUGGCUGGUGUACAACGGGAUGUGGAAGGGCUCCCUCUUAACAUUCGUGGUGCCCGUGGGCGUCAUCACAGUGACGAACCUCUUCUCCAUAGUGAUCGUGAGUGUGACGCUGAUGAGGCCUGCCGUCUCCUCAGAAGGCAAGGUGGACGAAAAGGACACGGCGAAGAGCGUGCUGAGGGUGAUCGUGAUCCUGAGCCCCAUCUUCGGUGUGACCUGGGCGCUGGGGUUUGGCGUGUUUCUCCUGGACGUCUACGACGGGACCGCGUGGAUGUUGGUCAACUAUGCCUUCACCAUCCUGAACACAUUGCAGGGAUUCUUCAUCCUGGUAACUGGAUGUGUAGGAGAGACGAAGGUCCGAGAAGAAUUUGUGAAAAGAUUCAAGCUGUUUAAAUACGAGAGGACAGCGUCUGUGAUGAGCCAGUCAUCAUCCACCUCCAUUCAAAAGAAAUGAUGCCUUUUGUGAUCAGACACUCUAUGAUCCAUUCACAUCUCAUUGACACCCCGGUGAAACGACAACUUCAGAAUAGUCAAGUAGCAUAGUGGACAGUGAAAAGUAUAACACGCUGUGAAUACUCACAUUUUAUGUGACACUUUAAUGGCAUUCUUGUUGUAUCAUUCUUCUUGUAUCCUUGUAAUCUUCU